AUUCAUAAAUUAUUUUGAAAGAUGGCCACGCUUAGAUCGCUCGCCGGCUUAAAUGAUUCCCAAUUUUCUAAGAUUAUUAAAGAGCAAAGAAGUAGACAGCCUAAAGGCCAGGUGAAAAAAGUUCGUAGCCUGCUAACAACCAUCGAGCAUUACGUAUUCGCGUGGGAUAAAGUAGAUUGUUGCUUGCUCGUAAAAAAUUUGUUAGACGUUGAUACAUGGGCCGAAGGCAAGAAAAACACAGACCAAAAACCGUCAGCGGAUCGAUUACUGAAAAUUACACUGACAGAUGCUCCUGUCUUUGAAGUGGAAAAUGUUCAAACCAAUUUGGACGGCAGUUUAAUAGUCUUGAAUGGUCCUCAAGGUGUGGCAUGUGUUGAACUACCAAGUAAUUUGCCGAGUCUUGAAGCCAAGCAACAAGGACUUUGUGUUAAAAGUGCUAGAUCAAUUUACAUAGACCAGAAGCUCUUGUUGUGCAACUCACGGGUGAAAAUCCAGGAAGUAAAGUUUCAUCCAGGAUCUCCAACAAAUAGCCAUUUAGUUGUGCUGACAUCAGAUAAUUGCAUUAGAAUCUAUGAUGUGUUCAAUCCUAGCCGCCCAGAAAAAACAAUUCCAGUUGGUCCCAAGGUGGGAAACCAUUCACUGCAUUCGUCAAUGACAUCAGGCACAACGUUUUCAUCGUGUUUGGAUGAAGCCGUAUCUUUCGAUUUUGGUACGCCUUUUGAAGAUACUCGUACCAGCGGAGAUCCACAAAAACGAGAUGGGGUUCCAAUCUUCCUCUUUCCAGUAUACGUUCUAAUUACCAACGGGGAUGUUUACACGUUCAGUUGUUCAGUUCAGUCGAAUAGUUCUAGAGCUCCGAAAAUAUCGGUCAUUGGACCAUUAUUAAUGCAACCAGCUGCCUUGGACAAUUAUGGAGACGAUGCUUGUUCUCUUCUCUGUUUACCGGUGUUACCACCCGUUUUGGUGAUCGCCAACCGUACAGGAAACAUACAUCAUGCCAUUUUACUUCCACGAGCAGCGACGGAUGAUGAUGAUGAUUCCGACCAGAAUCCUAAUAUUGCUGACGACCUCGAGUCAUUGUUAUCGAAAGCAAGUUUGACGGUUAUGGACGUAAAACCUGAUUCGGUAUUGCAUGUUACCGAGACGCUCGAGCUGGACGGUGAUAUUCUGGACGGAAGUGAAAGCUUCAGUGCCGAUGAAAAUGUUGCUGACAAUGAAGGCGCAGUUCAGCUCCGUAGGGAUCCUGCCUGUUCCAGUCGUUACUUUGUUUUACACGACUAUGGAGUCCAUGGCGUAGUCGUUCCACUGGUUGAUACUCUCAGUGAACUGGCCUCCAAGCCUGAUUCGGAUGUCGAUCAGGAUGAGACUAAACGGGUAAUGCUGGCUGAAACGGUGGUUGAAUUCAUACUGUGUUCACGAACGAAAUCGUCUGCUGCUGCACCUCCUCAAGGAAUAGUCGUAUACCCCCUUCCACCAACUCUGUUGGUGUUAUUGGAUUCAGCUGAUCUUCAAGUUAUUUCUCUCUCCCGCCUACUGAAACCAGCAGUCAAGACUGUACAGACAACUAGUACGACGAAGGUGGAAAAAGAACCUUUUGACACUAUUAUUCGACGUCAACUGCAGCGCACACAUUCCCAACCGAAAUUAAGUUUUCCGCCUGGUACCGAACUCAAAGUGGCCGAAGUGGUCAAAUUAUUCAGUCGCAGCGUUCAAACUCUUCGCGAAGAAUACAUCAUGAAGCAGGACGCGGUCCGUGAAGCAUUGGAAAAGAAAAGUCGGUUACUGGAGUUACAUCUACUCCAGCAGUUUGAUGAACUGAGUUUGAUACAGCAGUCGAAGGAAGAAUUAACUGGAGUCGCCCACCAGUUGGCGGAAAAAUACGAAGAUUCGAUGGAAAAGCAAAGAUCUUUGACUGAAAGGGUGGAGAGAGUGCUUUAUGAAAUCCAGCGACGUUCACCAUUCAUGACGGAUGCAGAAAAACAGAUGGGACAACAACUUCGUUUAGUGGAAACCAAAUUGCAUUCAUUAACACAGUCCUUAGAAUCUUUAAAACGUCGAGAACAACUCUACGGUGCAAACGCUAUCCAGCAGCAAGACCGUAAUACAACGAUUGGCCACCUUAGUGAAGAACAAAAAACAAGUGUGAACGAAGCCUUGGCUCUUCAGAGCGCAGAUAUUGCUGGCCUACUCAGGAGUUUACAGCAAGCCAAGAAAAAGCUUGCCGCCUAGGGUAAGCGAAUGUUUGAAAUUUUUCACAUCAGUUGGGUAUACACUUGUCUUUCGCAUUAUGCUGAAACCAUACCGUCAUUUCAAGAGUAAGAAUUAUAAAUAACUAAAUUCAAGGGAAUUACGGAAAUAUUUCGUUAAAGCAAGGAUUUUUUGUAUUUCGAAAUAGGAAGUUGCAAGAGCUAAAAAAUCAUUUAAAAGAAUCAAGCUUUUUGGUUUUGUUUACCCUCCUAGCUCUUGUUUCAAGCAUAUUCUUGAGUUUGACACAUUCAUAACAGCUAGAUUUAUCUAGCAAUUGACAUUUAUUUGAACGCCAUACGCCACCCUGGAAACGACCAGUACUACAGAAUUUUACAUCGACAGUAGCAGAAUCCAUGCAGCCAUCACACGUUUUUGCUUUGUCGAAAUUGUUCAGAAUUUCUUGAAACUCGUUUAGGGACUGGAAAUGAUAUUCCAGAUCCACAGAAUCGAACCUUUUACCAAACACGUAGUAUAUGACAGAGUUUUUUGUUGCUAUUUCUAUCGCUUUGUCAAUUAUUGCUUCUCCCGGAGGAAGAGCUGGCAGGAGACAAACUAGUCUUUUGCGAGGGAGGGUAAUAGCAUGCCAGUUCCAUGAUGGUGGCAAUUUAGCGUCUUGAGGAUCUACCAACGAUUUGUUAUUACCAGCGGUCACACGUGAUGUGGUAUUCGAAAUGCCUGGCUUCUCGGCGGAUACUCUAGGGCUAUUUUCAUUAGAUGGGGUUAUUGAAUGCUUUGGGGCAGCGUCAUUGUCACUAAGAUUCAAACGAGAACUAAUUCUUGAAGUGUUUGUUUCGGGGUUUGAUUCUUGAUCUUGGGUACUGGGAUUGUCAUUAGUAUUCAAUGCUUUAGUAGUAGCCCUUUUAGUUGAAUGUUCUGUAGAUGCACUUGUUCUCGCAUAUUUUGCUGAAAUAUGAGUCGCAAUCCGGGGGCCCUUUCUAACCCUCUUCGAACGAUGGCCUAUAACGUUGGGUUAUCAGAACAUUUUUAUUGAUGUUUACAUUAAACAUUUGUAAAAUUUGAUCACAUACCCUCUGGAAUAAGGUUAGGUUCAAGGCUUUUACUUGGGAAAAUUGAUGGGAUGGCUGUUGGCUUUAGUCUCCAAAGCAUUGGGAAAAUAUCUGAGCAAAUUUUAGUAACUGAAUGAAAACUAAAAAAUUGGUGGUAGCAGGAAUUAUAGACAACUGCAAACCUUCUUUUCCUCCAACAACAACCUUUAAACCCUUCCUUAUGUCAUCUUCAGCAAAGUGUACAUGACAGAUUUUGUCAUUAGGGCCAAGCUCUCUGUGUGAUGUAGGUACCACUUCUUUCCAUUUUUUCAACAUUUCAACAUCCUUUAAAGAACAAUUCUGAAUGUGAUUAAUCUGUUAUGGUUAGUUGUAAAUGGGUUUGUGCAGACUUACCCUUGGAACACUAAACACAGUCCUUUUCCCAAUACAUCCCUUUCUUCCAGUAUCACAAUAUGGCACAAAACAUCCCGAUUGACCAGGCAUUUCGUAAACCUAUAUCUACAGAUUUAAAAAUCAUCGUAAAAUUUGUAUAAUUUUAAAGAUCAAGAUGACCAAAGAAAACGUCAAAAUUUUUCCCUUUAAAAUUAAUGUGAUGUGACGUAAGACUUGUGGCACGGUGACUAAAAAAAACAAAACAUCACGAAAGAUAUUGGCGUGAGAAUAGCAAAAUCUACCUUGUAUUUUUGUCAGAAACAGUCUUGUUUAUAGGUCUUCUGAUUGCUGGCGAUCAGCGCAAUCUACAGUGAACUUUGUUAACAAGAUGUUGGUUCUUCAAAAGAACACCUUUUCUGAUCGUACCUGACUGACGUAAGUACGAUUCAAUCUCUUGUAGGCUAAUGUAAUUUGAAAUCACCCUAAAGCGUCCUAUUGAAAGUCAACAGCACUAACUGUUUUAUACGGGGAUAUUUUAUAAUUGUGGAAUUUACAUCAAAGUUGUAAUACUAAACCACAAGAAACAAGAAAUUUUUUAAAAAGACAUUUUUGGUUAAAUACUGUGAAUGUAACUUCGUUUAAAGCUCAUGCACUUUUCAAAAAAAAAAAAAAUCAGUACGCGGAGAACAAGUCCCAUGUUCCCACGUUUUUACAGGAACACUAAUAAUAGUGUGAUGUCACAUAAAAAUAAUAUUUCCUCCGGGUUCUGAUUUCCUUUCAUUAUUGUUUAGAAACACCUAACAUUGUUAUACUCAUUGGCUGCUCAUAAAUACCAAAAGAAACCAUUUCCAGAGGAGUCGCGACGGUAAUAACGCAAUACGCAAAUGAAAAAAAAAAAAAAGAAAAUGAAUAACAAAAAGAGUAACCGGUGGAGUUAAUUGCCUCGAAUUAGAAGACAGAGUUAAACAACCAACAAUGGCUACAAAUUCUGUGCGUAAUUAAUAAAAAUAAUAAUAAUAACGACAGGAAGACGACAUUUUGGGCGAUCGGUACACCUGGUUGAGAAUUUAAAAUGAGGAUCGCUUUUUAAAUUAUGUUAACCAAUGGACCAUUGCGAAUUUCCCGCGUGGUUGUCAACUCAUCACCCAUUUCAAGAACAUGUUUAAGCUCUUCAAGUUCUUGGAUGCCACAUUUUCGCGUUUCAUAGGUAUGCGCCACUAGGUUUCGGUAAAAGAUGAUAGCAAACCAAAUGAAGAGAAUUACGAACGGAACUAGAAUCGCUGUGGCAACGUAAGCAGCUUCCUUUAAAACGCUGUAGAACUGAAUCCAACAAAGAAUUGCCACUUCAACCAUGAAAAGGAGAAUACCCAAAACUGUUGAACAACCCCAUGCCAGCUCAAUGUACAUGUGCAUCUUUUCAUGUGGAGACUCAUUCACUAAACUAAAUGAAGAAAUUAUUCAAAUUAAAAUAAUCUACAAGUGCAUCCAAAAAUAAUUACAAAGUGUUUCACCUAAGUAUGUGCAAGUUGGAGAUGGCUUCCAUGUUGGGUAAGAUGCAUGUUGAAAUUAGCAGGGCUAGCAUGUGUACUGCGACUAGCAUGGUUGUGCAUAUAGCAAAUAAAAACAAAAGUGGCUUGGGGAGUUGUUCACUGUCUGGGUUGUUGUUAUUUAACUGUAUCUCAACCACUGCUACCUUGAAGAUGCAUUAAAAAAAAAACCGAAGAAAGUUGAAUGCAUGCUGAACCUCAAGAUUUAAAGUAUUAGAAUUAUAUGGAUUGAAAUUACAAACCAUUGCGAAUCCUGCUAAAAGGGCAGAUGUGUUACUUGCUGCUUUCAGUUUGGCUUUGCUCAAGUGUAAUUUUCUCCAUGAUAAGAAAGCCGGGCCUUGGUGAUGUAUGCUGUCUCCUUGAGUUGACAUUUUC